AUGUUUCGAGCGACGGCGGCUGGGCCGUUUGACGAAGUCGUCACCAAGGCGACUGACGAGAAUCUGACGUCGGAGGACUGGGGCGCCAUCAUCGAAGUAUGCGAUAAGGUGUCUAGCGAUCCGAAUGGCGCCAAGGAGGCGGUCCAGAGCAUGAUCAAGAGACUGGCUCAUCGCAAUGCCAAUGUCCAGCUUUACACCCUCGAGCUUGCGCACGCCCUGUGCCAGAACUGCGGCAAGGCGAUGCAUCGCGAAGUCUCCAGCCGUGCCUUUACCGAAGCCUUGUUAAAACUCGCCAACGACCGCAAUACCCACCAGCAGGUCAAGAGCAAGAUUUUGGAGAAGAUGCAGGAGUGGACCGACAUGUUCAGCAGCGACCCCGACUUGGGCAUCAUGAGCGACGCAUUCCACAGGCUGAAGCAGACCAACCCCUCUCUGCACCCGCCUAGUGCGCCCCAAAAACAGGGCUUGACCGAUCAAGAUCGACAAAAGGAGGACGACGAGCUGCAGAUCGCCUUGAAACUCAGCUUGCAGGACGAGGAACAGAAGAAGGCGGCUCAGACAGCGCCGUCAAGCUCGCACGCCGGAUCUAGCAACCAGCAACAGCAGAAUGCUCCUGCUUCCACCGCGGUGCCGUCGGGUACUACGGCUGCUACGGUGAGCAGGGUGCGUGCCUUGUUCGACUUUGAGCCCACCGAGCCCGGCGAGCUAGAAUUCAAAAAGGGCGACGUCAUCGCUGUGCUGGAGAGCGUGUACAAGGACUGGUGGCGCGGGUCGCUCAAGGGAAAGACGGGCAUCUUUCCUCUCAACUAUGUAGAGAAGCUGACGGAUCCUACGCCGGAAGAGAUGCAGCGGGAGGCCCAGAUGGAGGCUGAGGUCUUUGCCGAGAUCAAGAAUGUUGAGAAGCUCUUGACGCUCCUGAGUGCUUCGAACAUGGGACCACGGGAGGAGGAUAACGAAGAGAUUUCAAAAUUAUACCACCAGACGCUCGCGAUCCGGCCAAAGUUGAUUAAACUGAUUGAGAAGUAUUCGCAAAAGAAAGAUGAUUUCACUCAGCUAAACGAAAAAUUCAUCAAAGCUCGAAGAGACUACGAAUCUUUACUAGAAACGUCCAUGUCUCAUCCUCCUCAGCACAGCUACCAGCAAUAUGCUAUGCGCCCGGGUCAUCAGGCGUAUCCUCCACCCGCAGGCACAUACCCACCUCAGGGGCAAGACCCUCAGAGAUUCUAUACUCCUGGUCCUCAAGGCCGGCCACAGUACCAGCAGACUUCUUCCCCACCUCCUAACUUCCCACAGCCUGGUGCACCAGCACAGGGUUCUUCUCAUCCUGGACCAGCGCCGUUUUACGUUGCAGGUGCCGAGACUCCUGCAGGCCAGCCACCUGCUGGUCAACAAUAUCCACCGAGAGACAACGCUCCUGGAAUUCCCCCUAAUGGCAAUCAGCCUCCUCCACUCAAAAAUACCACCUCGCCGCCACCUCAGAAUUACAAUCCCUUUCAACAGCCUCCCAACCAGCAGCCUCCAAGCACCUACGGCGCCCAGGAACUAGCUACUUCCGUAUAUGACUCUCCCAUUGCUCCCAACAAUCCCAGCUCUGCAAACACAUUCAGCAGCUCUGUCUAUUCCCAGGAUGGCCCUGCCGUUCCCCACCCAAACGAUAAUGAGCCCAUAGCUCCUUAUUCUACGCAGCAGCAGCCAACAUAUCAGAGCUACCAGCCUCACCAGCAGCCCCCCUCCCAACAGCCCCAGAAUGUCAUGACCCCUCCGCCGCUGCAGCCCUCGGGACCCAGCUAUGAGGGUCGCCAGAACCUACCCAGUCAAUCAGGCGCGGGCGCGGGCUCUGGAGGUCAAUAUAGGCCGUAUGUGCCUCCUGGCUCAUCGGAGCCCAGUGCUCCGGGCUCAAAUGAUUAUUACCGCCAACCUGGUGUCUACUAG